AUGACGAUGAACCUAGGCCAAGAAUCGGCCACUUGUGGAGAGACAUCUUCAUCAGACGAGACAGAAUCUGAGGAUUAUGACCGGCUCCGCCCCUUGUCCUACCCCCAGGCCGAUGUGUUCCUCGUGUGUUUUGAUGUCACGAACAGAGACUCCUUCAAGAACAUCCGUAAGAAGUGGUACCCGGAAGUAGAUCUCCAUUGCCCUUAUAAGGCAAGAGUAAUCGUCGGCUGCAAGACAGACUUGCGUGAUGGUGUCGGUGACAAGACAGAAGUGUCCUACAAAGAAGGCUCAGCAUUAGCUUGGUCAUUGGGAGCGAAUUACUUUGAAACAAGUGCCCAAGCUAUGACAGGUUUUCAGCAAUGUUUCGAGGGAGCCGUCAAACUUGGAUUUAAGUAUGAUGAAGCCAGGAAGAAGCGAGACAGGUCAAAAAAAUUUAAGAAUCCCCUGCCGCUUCCUCCAGCAAAGCCACCUGCAGAGCCAGCCCCGUUGCCGGAGAUAGAGGCGUCCAAGUUUGCUGAACACUGGUACCAACUCCUGGAGUACCCCAAGUUCUCGGACGUCACCUUCCUCCUGGGGGACAGGCAUCAACUGGACGCCCACAAGCUCCUGUUGUCCUCAGCCUCAAAGUUCUUCGCCCAAAUCCUGCAGCUGCCAGUGACGAGAAAGACCAACCAGCUGGCAAAUGUCAAGGGGACAGAGGCCAUGACCCGGGAGGACCUCAACUCUGGCAAGGUGGAGGGCAUCACCUUUGUGUCCGACACAGACUGUAAGACAAAGCCAGGUCACGUCAUUAUUCAGCUCAGCGCUGACAUCACUGCCGCCACAUUCACACACGUGCUGGAGUUCCUCUAUACGGGAACUCCCCGACUGUCCGAUAAUGUCAGUGAUGAACACCUUGAAGACCUCAUCAGGGUGGCCAAGAUAUUCAGAUAUCCCCAGCUGGUAACGAUUUGCCGCAACGUGUUGAACGACGAGGAUAUCCUUAAUUCCACAAUCAGCACCUUCCUCAACGACGAGACGGCGGCCAAGAUGAAGGAGCUGUACUUCAACCAACCGGAGGAAGCUGAUGUGGUUUUCGACAUUGGAGGUUUCGAGGUGUACGCACACAAGGUAGUCCUCAUGUCUCGAUGUGACGUCAUGGCCGCCAUGUUUGGAGGUGCCUUCAUGGAGGCUUUUCAGUCGGGAAUGUGCAAGGUGAAGAUUCCAAACACAAGCUACGAGUGUUUGCUUGCGUUAUUGGAGUAUAUCUACACAGACCACGCCCCGAUUGAAGGUGGUGAUGCGGUCGGGAUAUUAGUCCUGGCGGAUGAAUACUGUCAACCUCGCCUCGUGAACCUGUGUGAGUUAUACAUCACCAAGGAAGUUGACCGGAGCUGUACCAAGAACAUCAAGAAGUCCGACAUUGACGUCAUCGGCCUCCUACUGACAUCACAGCGCCACAACGCCGCGCAGCUGUCUAAAUGGUGCCUGCACUUCAUCUCGUCCAACUACAUAGCGUUCUCCAAGAGGUCAGAGUUCAUCAUGUUGAAAGGCGACAACAAGGUAUACGUGGAGGAGAACCGAUGGCCGCCAGUGGCCUACCUCAAAGAACUGGAGAAGUAUGAGAAGAAGGUGUCCAAACUAAGAAGAACAUGUUCAGUCAUGUGAACAAUUUCAUAAACAGACUCAUCAUUGGAUUUUUAUGCUGAUCGUGUGCAUCACACGGGAAAUGUCCUAUCAGGUGACGCACUGCAGUACCCGGAUAGGAAUUACUACACGUUCAUUAUGCGGAUGUACGAAACUAUAAAAUAGUUGUGAUAUGACUGUGAAAUAGCUGUGAUAUGACUGUGAAAUAGCUGUGAUAUGACUGUAAAAAUAGGUUUUAUAUGAC